AGUUCAUCCUCAGACACCUGAGCUGUGGACACACUUCAACUGGACCUCAGUGAAAACACCACUCGAUUUAUCACUCCAUUGACCUUUAACAGCAGAUGAGACCUGGGACUCCAUGCACACACCAUGUUAACGUUACACAUGAACGGGGACAUGGCGGAGGACAGAGACGUGGACGGUCCUGACAAACUCAUCACUCAAUGCUGCACUGACCAGACGGCAGAAUCCCGAGACGCCCCAGAGAUGAUGAAGGAGGAGGAAGAGGCUUUUGAACGGGAAACUGAUGAUCUGAACUCGUCCUCGGGUCAGGAAUUGACACAGAGCCGCAUUGAGGGCAACAAUCAUCCCUUUUUUGAUGUGAUGGACGUUGCCAAGUCAAGCACAGAAGAGGAAACGGCAACAGAGCUGGAGGAUCUGCUGGACUCUCUGCGCUGUCUUCAUCUGUGUCUGACUGAUGCUGAGAGUCAGGAGGACCUUCAUCUGCUGGUGGAGCUCCUGCUUCAGACAGACUUCCAGCAGGCGUUCGCCAUGCACCGCAGCGUCGCUCUCGGCAUGAGACGCCUGUGCCCGCCGUACCCGCUCACCACACACGCUCAGCAGCUCAGAGACGAGGUGGAAAGUGUCCUUCACUCCAGUAAACACACUGAAGCCACAGAACUAACAGGCCUGCUGACUUCACCACACCUACAGGCCCUGAUGGAAGCUCACGACUGUAUAGCCGAGCAGGAAUCGGAUGUUGAAACUAUUGAAGAUGUGGACCAGGAUCUAAAGACCACCAAACUAGUUUCCCUGGAGAAAACUCGUGACAUGCCUCUGGGUGUGACGGUUCGUAAUGAACAUGACUGCGUCAUCAUCAGCCGGGUGGUGAGUGGAGGAACAGCAGAGAAAAGCAACCUCCUCAAUGAAGGAGAUGAAAUCUUAGAGAUCAACGGUGUUUCAGUUCGUGGGAAAAGUGUUAAUGAUGUUCACAACAUACUGUCCAGCAUGCAUGGCUCCCUCACAUUUCUGCUCAUCCCAAACUCUCAAAACAAACUCGCUCCUCACAGACCGGCUGUGAUGCAUGUGAAAGCAAACUUCAGCUAUGACCCAUCUGAGGACCGAUACGUGCCGUGCAGAGAGCUCGGCCUGUCCUUCCAAAAGGGAGACAUCCUCCACGUCACUAGCCAGGACGACCCCAACUGGUGGCAGGCGUACAGGGAAGGACAUGAGGACCAGAAGCCCCUCGCUGGACUCAUUCCUGGGAAGAGCUUCCAGCAGCACAGAGAAGCCAUGAAGAAAACCAUCACAGACAGGAAUCAGGAGGAUAAAGGGAAACUUUGGUUUGCUAAGAAAAGCAAAAAGCAACGAAAGAAACCAUUGUAUAACCCUAAUAAGAAUAUUGAGCAUUGCAGUGAGGAAAUCCUGACCUAUGAGGAGGUGUCACUGUACCAUCAGCCGCCCGAACGCAAGCGUCCCGUCGCACUGGUUGGUCCACCGAACAGCGGACAUGAUGAACUGAGACAGAGACUGUUGUCCUUAGAGCCGGACCGGUUCACCGGUGCUGUUCCACACACCACACGAAACCCCCGCACGCAUGAGCUCAACGGAAGAGAGUACAACUUUGUGUCACGACAGAGCUUUGAAUGUGAACUGGCUGCUGGGAAAUUCAUCGAGUCGGGCGAGUUCGAACAGAACCUGUACGGCACACACACGGAUUCAGUCAGACAGGUUGUCAACUCUGGAAAGAUCUGUCUGCUGUGUCUGCAGCCCAGGUCCCUGCGAGCGCUAUGUUCCUUCGAUCUUAAACCCUACAUCAUCUUCAUCAGGCCGUCUCCUCCUCUUCCUCAGGAGCGAUUCUCUUCCCUGCUGGCCAGAGGAGUAAAGAAACACAUGGUCUUCAUGUUAAACAUUUUUUUCCAGAUCAUUUACACUAGCAGUCUAACGUUUGACACAUCUACUCAAUCUUAA